GGGACUCAGGAGCAGAUGAUUUGUACAUCAGCGUUUUUGUACAGAGCAGCUGGAAAUCUGCAGUACAGAAAGGCGGACCGGUUACGUCACUUCCUUAUUUCAGAAAUCAUGGCGUUGCUUUUAAGGACGGUGGCCCGCCAUGGUUUAUGUUCAUCACGGACACAAUUCCCUGUGCUGUGCAGGCAUGCUGUUCCCAUGGGAACCACAGCAAAAGAGGAGAUGGACAAAUUCUGGGCCAAGAACUCUCGACUCAGCAGACCUCUUUCUCCCCAUAUAACCAUUUAUAGGUGGUCAGUCCCCAUGAUGAUGUCAAUCACUCACAGAGGAACAGGAAUCGGGCUCAGUGCAGGUAUUUCCGCUUUUGCGGCAGCGGCGCUGGUGUUGCCGGGCAGUUUUCCCUACUACCUGGACCUGGUCCACUCGCUGUCUUUCGGUCCAGCCCUCAUCACUGCUGGAAAAUUUGCUUUGUCUUUCCCAGUGGCUUAUCAUACUUUCAACGGUAUUCGUCACCUGAUGUGGGAUAUGGGUAAGGGCUUUAAAAUCCCUGAGGUCUAUCGUUCUGGAUACACUGUCAUCGCUCUGUCCGUUCUCACCUCUGUGGCCCUGACUGCGAUGUGAACCUGAGAAAGCAGGAGUUUAAAGUGGACGCGUAAAGGAGAGAAUUUCUGUUUGUUUUUGUGCAUCUGUCUUUUUAAAUGGCCCUUGUGGCUUUAAGUCGUUAAUAAAAUAAAUGAAGAAAUCUAUCUACACAA